CGCCAGGAGCAGCAGCAGGAGCAGCGGCAGGAGCGGCAGGAUUACGAGCAGCAGCAGGAGCAGCAGCAGGAGCGCCAGGAUUACGAGCGGCGGCGCCGGGCGCGGCGGCAACAGCAGCGGCAAGAGCGCCAGGAGCGGGAGCAGCGGCGCAGAGAGCGGUGGCACUUGGCUCGCGACUUGCUCGCUACGUUUGUGCUCCCAGCGCUUGCCCUGUGGCUGACGUUCAGGCCCAACGGACCGGUCGAAAUCGCAACAGCAGCAGCAACAGCAAACGCAGCAGCAGCAACAGAAACAGCAGCAGCAGCAACAGAAGCAGCAGAAGCGCUUUCAAAGUUUGGCGCCGACCUGGUGGCGGCGCUGCCAGGGGCUGCGGCGGCAGGCCUGGCGGAGUUCAGCCAUCGCACGUGCGACAACCUGGCCGGCGGCUG